AUGAAUCGAAUCGUGACACGGCACGCGAUCCGUCUCGUACAAUACCGACCAACAUCNACACCCUCGAGGACCCUCAAAACUCCACUGCAACACCACUCCCGCUACCGCAGCAGCGACACCAAAAAGGACAACCAAGUCCACCCUCUCACAGGCUACUACGCCGACAUCCUCUCUUCGCGCCAAUCCCUCAGCGACCAGCUCUCCCACACCCCCACCAAAGAGAUCCAACCACAAACACACACAGCACCAACACCUCCUCCCACAACCUCACUCCCCAAAACCGACAAGGAAGAAACACUAGAAAAAGCACGCAUAGUAUUUGGCUCACGGCUCGCCGGCCCCGGCGAACGCAAAGACGAUAUCGAGACCGCGAGCAAAGAAAUCGCUGGCGUUGUUGUGCCGCCAAAACCCAAAGAGCCAGAAGGCGAUGAUUGCUGUAUGAGUGGCUGUGUAAAUUGCGUUUGGGAUAUUUACCGCGAAGAGUUUGAAGAGUGGAGAGCCAAAGCCAAGGAAGCGAGGGUAAAGAUGGAGGCACAACGGGCAAGCCAAGCUGUUGUUGAUGCGAGUAGUAUGGAUGAUGAUGGGGGUGGUAGCGAAGCGCUAUGGAUAGAGGAAAGUGAACCCAAGGCGCAAGAAACAGACCCUUUCGCCAAUGUACCCGUUGGCAUCAGGGAGUUUAUGCGCACGGAAAAGAUGUUGAAGCAGAAACAUGCCGCUCAAGGUUCAAAAGGUGGAUGA